GCGCAAAGUAAAUUAUACUAAAAAAAUCCAAUUUAAACACACAAUUUGAACAUCGAUUUUAGAUGUGUAAACCGUGCUCGCGGUAAACGCGUAAAAGGCGUAUUAUUUUAUGUUAAUGGGCAAUGCAAAUGAACAACCUAGCAUUUUCAACGAUAUUCCAAAAGAAUCGUUGAUAUUUCAAAUAAAAAAACACGCGCGUUGCGCGUCGCGUACAAAACAUAUUCAAAAAAGUUUUGUUUGCUGCCUAUGUGUGUGUGUGUGAAUGUGUAUAUGUGCUGAUGGCUUUAUUAAACAUUAACAUUGCGAAAAAUCAAUACACAUUGUGUUCGUAAGCCUUGUCCGUGUGUGUGUUUGUGUGUAAAGCCUUUAGUCUAAGAUUAUUGUUAAACAAUCAAAUAAAAACGAAGAGAGCGGAAGGACAACGUGAAAAAGAAGGUGUCUGUUUGAGGGAGAAGGUGAAGAAGGGGGACCUGAAACACGCGCCCAACGCAUUCAACACACGACGCAAGUUAGACGAGUUGCCAUCUUGUGCUUCCAUCACGAGCUUCCAGCGACUUCCAUUGACAUUGCGAAUUGAAGGUUGGAGUCACGCAUCCUAUUUCCAAUUUGGUAUUUCCUGGUUUUCCCAGCCUGGCGAGGAUUGAACGAACGAUUGAAUCAUUGAUCAUCGACUCGCUUGGCGUCGUUCACAAUGAGCGCCGCGACACAAGAGUUUUGCGUGCGAUGGAACAGUCACCUGGGCAGCAUUGGAGCGGCGUUUCCCCAGCUGUUGGCCGGCCAGAGAUUCGUGGAUGUGACGCUGGCCUGUGAGGGCCAUCAGGUGCACUGUCAUCGCCUUGUGUUGGCCGCCUGCUCCACAUACUUUGAGGCCAUACUCGCGGAGAAUCCAUGCAAGCAUCCGGUGAUCAUAUUGCCCAGCGAAAUCAAGCUGUGGGAGAUUCAGGCGCUCGUCGAUUUCAUGUACAAGGGCGAGGUGAAUGUGACGCAGGCGGGAUUGGGACAGUUGUUGCGUUGUGCCGAACAGUUGCGCAUUCGUGGUCUCUACGGCUCGGAGGCGGCCAUCAACUAUAAGCAAUUGCAGCAGAUGCGACAGGAUCUGGCGACGGCAGAGACAACGACAACGGCGGGCGCCACAUCAUCCGUAACAUCAGGAGGAGCAGCAACAGGGGCAGCGGCAGCAGCCACAGCAGGAGGAGCACCAGCAACAAUAACGGCAACAACGCUCAAGCAAGAGCAUCAGACGGUGCAACAGUUGCAGUUGGACAGCACAGAAACAGAGGAUACGGCAACCAAUUCAACGACAUCGACGACGACGACAAGCACCACAACAGCCAAGCAACAGCAGCAACAGUUGUUCAAGGAGCAGCAACGACAACAGCAGCAGCAACGACAGCAAACCAAUGGCAAAGAUGCGCUUCAGCUGCAACUGUUGCAACAGCAACAACAGUUGCAACAACACCAACAACAGCAGCAGCAGCAACAACAACAACAGACAAAUGCAGGUUCCUCGGCGGCAGCGUCAAACAAUUCAAAUGCGCCCACAGAAGACGAUUCAGCGGAUGAUGCGAGCAACAAUUGGAAUGCGUACAGUGAACACUACGAGGACAACAAGCUGAGCGUGCAACUGUUGCAGCAACAACAACACCAGCAGCAGCAACAACUGCAACAACAACAUCAGCAACAGCAACAACUGCAGCUGCAACAUCAUCUCGAUUCGACCAUCGAGGAUGAUCACAACUAUGUGGCCGCCCACGAUGAGGAUAACGAUAGCAGCGGCUUUGCCGGCAUCCACAAUUCAUCGCAACUGAAUGCCCUCUCGCUGUCAGCGAUGGACACCGAUCUGGAGACAUCGGCGAACACAUCGGGAUCCUCGCUGUUGCACAGCUCCAUCGAGGGCUACACAUCGUAUAAGCGGGUGCGACGCUCGGAGGCAUCGUUGGCCCAGGCCGCCAAAUGCGUCUCGAAGGGUGAAACCUUUCAGACGGUCAGCAACAUGUUCAACAUACCCGUCUCCACCAUACGCUUCUACAUGGCCCGCAAGGGCAUUCUGCCCAAGCGCAAGCGUGGCCGUGGCGCCUCCCAUGCCGGCAGCACCAUAACCACCACAAAUUCGGGCGGCAACUCGGCAUCAGCAGCGGCGGCGGCGGCAGCUGCAGCGGCAGCAGCAGCCACAAUGGCAGCAGCCACCACGUUGGGCAGUCUAUCAACAGCCGGAGCGCAUCAUUUGCCUCAACAACAACUCCAUCACAACAUGCCGCUGGAUGUGAUGCAAUUGAAACGUUUAAGCAAUGCAGCCGGCGGUGGCGCCACAUCAGCAGCAGCAGCAGCUGGUGGCAGUCCAACAGCGGCGGCAGCAGCAGCAGCGAUGGCAGCAGCUGUGGCAGCAUCGCCGUCCGGUCUUGAGGUGGCAACAGCGGCGGGCGUGCCAUUUCAUUUGCUCAGCGAUGCGGCCGCCUUCAAGUUGAGCGAACAGCAGCAGCAGGCGCACAUAAUCUAACCGCGAGGUUGGCUUCGCUUCCACCUAAUGCAUAUGUGAAACGAGACAAGAGCGAACGAAACGAGAGAGUGAAUCAUCACGGAGGCAACACAAGUUGAACAAAUUCUUUGCGCCGCUUUUAAGCUUACUUUUAAGUUUGUUUUUAAGCCAGCUUGUAAGCUAGCUUUCUUGUAAACCAGCUUUUAAGCGAGCUUUUAAGCAUAAUUUAAAAUGUGCUUUACAGCUUGAUUGUAAACUAGCUUUAUUGUGAACUAACAUUUGCUUUAAAGCUUGAUUGUAAACUUGAUUUCUUUUAAACGUGCUUUGAAGCGAACUUUGCUUUAAAGCUUGAUUGUAAACUAGUUAUCUUUAAAACGUGCUUUGAAACAAGCUUUUAAGCCUAAAAACUUGAUUGUAAAAUAGCUUCGCUUUAAAGCUUGAUUUUAGACUAGCUUUAUAGCUUGCAUUCAAACUAGUUUUGAAGUUUGCCUUAAAAUCAGCUUUAAGGCUAGAUUUUAAACAAGCUUUAAAGCUGUUGUUGAAACAAGAUGUAAAGCUUGAAAGCCUAAAGCCUCAUAACUGGAUUACAAACAAGCUUAAAAGCUAAAAUUUCAAGCCAGCUUCAUUUUUCUUGGCGUUUUCCACUAUCUUCAAUGAUUUUAUUCUAUUUCGAUGUUAUUUUCGAUCUUUGGAUUUCAAUGAAUCUCUUCAUCAUUCUAUUUCUAUGUUAACGUUAGGCUUCAAGUGCCACGCUGCAAAUUAAUCUUUUCAAUUAGACAUUUCAAAUAUUUUUUAAUAUUUAGAGUAUUCAAUUUCGUUGGCAAUUUUAGUUGCUUUCAAAGCAGAGUUUAUAGAAAAUUAUAAUCAAUUUCCUCUUUCAAUAAGCUCUUCCAAUUAGUCACUUGAGUUUCAAACUAAAAAAUUAUGCGCUAUAUAUGUAUUUCAAAGCACAUUUGCAAACAUUUUCAAUGCGGUUCGUCGCUGUCUCCUUUUGCAAUGCUUCAAAAGCAACAAAUUGCGCGUGGAAGCGCAAAACACACACACAAACACAUGAAUAAAAUAACUAUACAACUAUAAGCUAUACAGAUCAAGGAAACACACACACACAUAAACCGUAUAUAUAUAUAUAUUAUAUACAGAUAUAUUAUUUUGUAAGUUGAAUGUUUUGCCUUUAGUCAGCUCUAUGCAAAACUUUAGACCUAAAAGCCCACUCCACUCCACUCCCCUCAAGAAAAAGACCUUCCCCUAAUUGUACGUAUUUGCUUCUAAGAUUUAGUAUUAGUUUUACAUUUGUAUUAUAAUACAUGGCUUUUUUCAUGUAGUGCCCAUCAAAAAUCCUACCUACCCAAGCCCCUUUCCCCUUGAAAAGAAAGAGAGAGGAUAACGCUCAUUUAAAACGUAUUUUAAAUUGAUUACAUCAUAAAAGUAAGCAAAAAUUUAACAUACAAAUAACAUUUUGUGCAGUUAACAGACAGUACAAUAACAAUAAUAAUAAAACACAAAAGAAUCGCCUGUAAUAAACUCUAUAUAUAUAUAUUUUACGUCGCACUCUUUAUCAUUUUAAUGUUAAACAAAGUCUGCAAAUCAUCAAGAAGAACAAAAAAAGUCAUAAUUGUAAUUACUAACGAAAAAAAUUGUGUUCCCAUUUUAGAAAUUAAUUCAUUCAAUUGUAAAAACAAACAAAACAUUUUAUUUAGCCACCUUAACAAAUUGUAACAUUAUCUCGAAUUUUUUGGGUUUUUUUGGCGUUUUUGUAAAUGGGAACACCACCGAACGAAAUCGACAAAAAUGCGACAAAAUGAAAACCAGAACACAACAAUCACUAGCGCUUAAGAGAGACACUCAUACACACACACACAAUCUUGAUAUUGAUUUGAAAGUCUCCAUUUUCACAAUUUACACAUAACAAUUUUUGUUUCGCAAACGAAUUAUGAUUAAUUAUGCUGUUGGGAGCUUCAGAAUGUGCAUUUAAGCUGUGUAAAGACUUGGAAAAGACUUUUUUUUAUUUGUAACUAAGUUCGUUUAAUAUAUAUAUAUAUAUAUUCACAUUUAAGACUCAUUUUAUUUAAGCAAUUUAACAAAACGUUUUUUUUAUACUUAUUUAAAAAAAGAAUACAUUUUUGUAAUUUCUUUUUUUUACAAUUUAUACAAGCAAAAAAACACUCAGUCUCAAUUAAAUGUUUGCCAUACUCUUAGUAUAUAUUAU